AUGGGGUACAAAUAUUGUACCUCUGGGGUGCAAAUAUUUUUGGGGUACAAAUUGUCGAAAUGGGGUACUGUACCCCCAAAUGGGGUACAGAUGGCAGCCCUGGAAGGAAAUUAUUUCCAUGCAAAUUCGCAUAAUUUAUCAAAGAACGCAGUGGCAUGGUCCGAUCUGAGGGCUCUUAUCCUCUUGGGCGGUUGGCCAGCUGGAAGCAGAUACAAUUCACCCUGUCGGGCUCGUAUCGUUGUAUACUAUCCAGUCUUCCCAGGAGACUUCUUCGAAAUCUCGGAUCCAGAGUUGGGAUCUCCAUUGACGUGUGUAGAUGCUUGGAUUUGGCUCUGA